UGAUCUGCCCUUGGUAAAUCCAUGCUGACCACUUCCAAUGACUUCCUGUUCCUCCACGUGUUUGGAGACGACAUCCAGAAUGAGUCGCUCCAUUACCUUCCCAGGGACAGAGGUGAGACUAACCGGCCUGUAGUUCCCUGGCUCCUCCUUCUUGCCUUUUUUGAAGAUUGGAGUGAUGUUUUUAUGGAUCUUGUGCCAAAACUUGGGGCUGUGUUUGUGACAGCAAUUUCCCUUCCUCUGUCCGGUGCCGGCAGCACUUUUGUUCUCCUAAUCCCCAGGCUCAGAGACUUCGAUUGUAGUGGAGCCUGAGCUGCUUUUCCGCCCGGGAGCAGCUUUGUGCUCCAGGUCUCUGUGUUUAAUUAGAUCAGUUCAUGGAAAUCGACGUGACGUUUUACCUGCUGAGGUCGGGUUGUGUCCCUGGGUGAGAUAUCAAAGAUCGGCCCGUUUAAUUUUGUUUCCCCUUUUACUUGCAAAUCCAAAGGAUUAUUUCCUCCUCUUAGUCCCAGUGGUUCAGGGGAAUUUUUACUGCAGACUUGCACGUCUCCGGUAUCCCGUUCCGUGUCCCUGCCCCUGCCCGCGGGGGUAACGGGGCUGAAGGCGGGGGUGACGGGCAGGGGGCACAGGGCAGCGCUGCAGGAGCGACCCGGCAUGCUGGGGACCCGUUCGGGCCCUGUGCAGAGGGUGAGGCGGCUCCUUCACCUCUUCCCCUGUAAAUCUGCGCUCUGGGGCUUUGAGGGAUGAGCCGGGCGAUAACAAGCGUUUCCCUUCUCUGGGCGAUGACAGCUGAUGGAGCAGGGGCAUUAGCGCGCGCGUGCUUAACGACUGACUGGUGCCAAGAGCAGCAUCUGUUGUGGGGGUACAAAGCUGGUACAAAUCCUGCGUGUCUGCACCUUUCUGUGCCUUUCGGGGCACAGGGUUCAACCAAGGCAAGUUCAUCCUUUCUUUUCGACUUGCUGCCGUGGAUGCCCGCCUUGGAAACAGGCUGGCGGGCGACAAACACAAACAGCUAAUAAGAACAGAAUGAGGAGAAAGAGAAGUGGAGAGCUGGAAAUAGUUCCUUACAUAAAGGGCUAGUGCUUCAAUCUCAUUAUUGUCUUAAGGAGCGGACACUUAGCUGCCUCCGACUCCUACAAUGCAAAAACGCAAUCUGAUCAGCAAUCGGCUUUGGGAAGCCGGCAGGUGCCACGUGGCACCACGACAUGGCCAGUGCCCCUCGGGCAGCAGCUCGCCACCGCUCCUCUGAGCCGACAGCGCUUGUCCCAGUCAGCCUGCGCCCGCUGGGAGCGUCCCCGUGAAGCCCCAGCUGCCGUCCCGCAGCACGUACCAGGAAUCGCUGCUUCGGAGGGUCAGGCGCCAUGAGGCAGCUGGGGACAAGGCGUGCGAGUCUCUCGGCCAGCCUGAAGAUCGGGGAUCGCCGGGACCGCUGCCGGACACCGGAGGAAGAGGAAGUCCACAUCCCAUUCGCGCAGGACAGCCUGGUAAAGCCAUGGAGCUCCAUGCAGAAUGUGACGGACGGAAACCAGGAGAAAAGCAAGACUCCCAUCCGAAGGAGCAGAUACUUGCUCAACAUUAAUGUCGGUGGCAAAUUGUUCCAGAUAGCUAUCAAGGUCGCGGCCCGGUAUCCCAUCACCAGGCUUGGGAAGCUGGCCCUUUAUACUGACCCCAUGAAGAAGCUGCAGCUCUGCGAUGACUACUCAGUGCAGAAGAACGAGUACUUCUUUGACCGCGAUCCUUCCAUUUUCCACUACAUUUUCCACUUCUACCGCAGCGGGGUCCUGUGGAUAAUGGACGAGAUGUGCCCCAGUAACUUUGUGGAGGAAAUCGAGUACUGGGGAAUCCAUAUGAAAUACUCCCAACGCUGCUGCCGGAUCCUGUUUGAGGAAAAGCAAGAUGAACUCAGUGAGUACCUGAAAAUACAGCGGGAGCUGGAGGCAGAACUGGAGCCCCUGGACUCAACACAGCAGUUCGAGGGCAAAUUUCUGGGCCGGUUUCGGAAGAUGAUCUGGAACCUCAUUGAGAACCCGUACUCGUCCGUCCCAGCCAAGAUCAUUGCUGUCAUGUCGAGCUUCUUUGUGCUUAUCUCCAUUGUGGGCAUGACGCUGAGCACGGUGGAAGAGAUGAAACAAAAGACAGGGAAGAUGUGGAUGGAGCAGCUGGAGAUGAUCUGCGCCAUCUUCUUCACCUCCGAAUACCUCAUGCGGCUUAUAUCCUCCUCCAGCUUCAGGAACUUUUUGCGGGCAGCGUUUAAUGCUGUAGACCUGGUCGCCAUCCUGCCCUUCUACAUCCAGAUCCUCUUUGAAAAUCUGGAUGAAGCAGACACGCUUUACCAUGAGGAACUGCACAAGGUGGAGAACGUGAGCAAGCUGGGCAAAGUCCUCAAGCUCAUCAAGCUCAUGAGGAUCUUCCGCAUCCUCAAGCUGGCUCGCCACUCCACCGGCCUCCGGGCCUUUGGCUUCACCAUGCGCCAGUGCUACCAGCAGGUUUGCUGCCUCCUCCUCUUCAUCGCCAUGGGGGUCUUCACCUUCUCCGCUCUCAUGCACUCGGUGGAACAUGAUGUCCCAGGCACCAACUUCACCAGUAUCCCCUACGCCUGGUGGUGGGCAGCGGUCAGCCUCUCCACUGUGGGCUACGGAGACACUGUGCCCGACACGUUGCUGGGCAGGGUGGUGGCAUUUGGCUGCAUCUCCUUCGGCAUCAUCCUCAAUGGCAUGCCCAUCUCCAUCCUCUACAACAAGUUUUCUGACUACUAUGCCAAGCUGAAGGCCCAUGAGAACGAGACCAGCCAGUCGCUCAAGCUGGCCAGGAGGAUCCGCCUGAAGGAGCGGGUGGUGCGGAAGCUGUCGGAGUGCUGCAGAGCUGACCCCCGCUCUCACCGCUGACCGCCGGCCCUGCACCGCCCGGACCCCCCUCCGCCGUGACACGUCCCGCCCUGCAGCCUGGCCGUCCCUCCAGCAGGUCCGGUCCCCUGGGGCAGCAAGCAGCGGGUCACAGCGGCGUCUGGGGGGGGCUGCUGUUGUUGUGCAGGUGCCAGUGUCAGCUGGGGCUGUCUCGGAGGGGUGAAACGUGCCUGUGACUGUGUCGUGACCCUCCUCGACGCCGCGUGCUGGAGCCUCCUGUCCCACAGAGCGGUCGGGGACUCAUGGAGUCACAGAAUCGUAGGGUUGGAAGGGACCUCUGGAGAUCAUCUAGUCCAACCCCCUGGAAGGACCAGCGGAAGAGCUCGCUGUACGGCCGGGGAGGGAUGUCUGUACGGCACAGAAAAGGCUGCAGCCGGGCAUCC